GUCAAAUGACCGGAAAUAUGCCAUAUUGUAUGCGAUAUGGACUGUAUUCAGACUGUUUUCAUCCGGGGGUGCUUGCAGUCCCGGAUACACCGCACAUGCAUUGUGUAUAGUGCAUUGCUGAAUGCAAGAAGGACCCCCGUAAAAAUGCAUGCAGCGAGCCAACUCAUGGGCUGGAUUCGAGAGUAUCUAGGUCCAAAAAGACAUAUCUUCUCUUCACGAUUACCAACGGUACCUUACCCCCCCCCAGAAUGGCUGCUCGCCCAACGUGCUCUUACUGAGGAGUUACCAACGCCGCCAGAUCCCCUGCACAAGAGGAAUAUCAACAACAUCAAGGGGAGCGCAUGCACUCAAAUAAAUUUCACGGACACUCUCGCAGGCGCACAGAGCUUCUGUGGAGCCAAGAAGAAGAAGGAAGUCAAGAAGGCUAGAAAAUAUCCUACGACACCCCGGCAGGACUGAGAACCGAAGUGGCUCGCUUUAGGGCGGCCGCCAACAGAGGAGAGGACAUAAG